UUCUGGAAAACAUAAGAACACCAAUGAAUGGCUUGAUCUUUGCUCUCAGCUCCAGAUGACUUAUCCCAUUGUUUGUAAGGAUGUCAUCUGUUACUGAAAAUGGAGAUGUUACUGCUGCAAAGCCAAAUGAAGAGAAAACAUAUAAAAAGACUGCAUCCUCAGCUAUUAAAGGUGCUAUACAGCUGGGAAUAGGAUACACAGUAGGAAACCUGACAUCAAGACCGGACAGAGAUGUUCUUAUGCAAGACUUCUAUGUAGUAGAAAGUGUCUUCCUACCCAGUGAAGGGAGCAAUCUCACUCCUGCUCAUCAUUACCCUGACUUCAGAUUUAAGACGUAUGCACCUCUUGCCUUCCGCUAUUUCAGAGAACUUUUUGGUAUCAAGCCUGGUGAUUACUUGUACUCAAUCUGCAGUGAGCCUUUAAUUGAAUUAUCCAACCCAGGUGCUAGUGGGUCCCUGUUUUUUGUAACUAGUGAUGACGAGUUCAUCAUCAAAACAGUUCAACACAAAGAGGCCGAGUUUCUUCAGAAGCUCUUGCCAGGUUAUUAUAUGAAUCUGAACCAGAAUCCAAGGACUCUUCUACCCAAAUUUUAUGGGCUGUACUGCGUUCAGUCAGGAGGCAUUAAUAUUAGAAUUGUUGUAAUGAACAAUGUUUUGCCGCGAGCCUUGAAAAUGCAUUUCACAUAUGACUUGAAAGGCUCCACAUACAAACGGAGAGCAUCAAGAAAAGAGAGAGAGAAGUCCAACCCUACAUUCAAAGACUUGGAUUUCUUGCAAGACAUGCAUGAAGGGUUGUAUUUUGACUCUGAAACACACAGCGCACUAAUGAAAACACUACAGCGUGAUUGUCGAGUUCUAGAAAGUUUUAAGAUCAUGGAUUACAGUCUGCUACUGGGAAUCCACAUACUGAACAGUAACGUGAAGGAAAAAGAGGGAGAGAGUUCCCAGAGCACAUCGGAUGCGAAACGUCCCGGAGGGCAGAAAGUUCUCUAUUCCACAGCCAUGGAGUCUAUACAGGGCCCUGGGAAGUCAGGGGACUCCGUCACCACAGAGACAACAAACACAAUGGGAGGUAUUCCAGCUAAAAGCCAUAAAGGAGAAAAGCUGCUUCUGUUUAUGGGUAUUAUUGAUAUUCUCCAGUCUUAUAGAUUAAUGAAGAAACUGGAACAUUCUUGGAAAGCUCUUGUUUAUGAUGGGGAUACUGUUUCAGUUCACCGACCAAGUUUUUAUGCAGAUAGAUUUUUAAAAUUUAUGAGUACAAGAGUUUUCAAGAAAGUUCAAG